GAGAUGGAAAUCGUCUUGUUUGGUUUUUUGUUUGUUCGAAAGGAUUUCUCAAAUUAGUUCAUCGUUACGCUUCGUCGGGCUCAGUCGUGUGCGCAGCCAACAGCUGUUAGGGUGACCCGAACCGAGACUCAAGUGUGACCUCUUGGAAAAAGACAAAUUAACUGCUGUCUGGUGGUUGAUUUUAAUAAUCUAUUAAAGCGAGGAGCAAAUAUUUAUUUUUUGUUUGAUUCAAGUGGCCUAAAUAUUUAUACCAAUAGCCAUUCGGAUUGUUUAAUCUCCAUGUGCGUGAAGGCUAGUGCGGGUGUUUACAGGAUUCGUCCGGUGUCUAGUGAGGAAAAUUGUGUUAAUUGAGUGUUGUUGUGACUGAUAGGUAAAUUUAUAGUUUUUUUUGUGGGAAAAAUGAUCAAAACGGAAGAACACGUGGAUUCCAGUACGGUGGCUGUUUCCGGUGGUUAUCACUAUCGGAACAUCUCUUCAAACAUUGUGAUGGCCACUCCGCAUAUCAUUGAGAAUCCGGCACUUCAAAUCAUGGAUAAUCACUAUCAUUACCAUACGAGCAUUUCGUCGUCUCAAAUAGACGUGAAGAACGAAAUGGAUGAUCGCAAUUCACCAGCUUAUCACGUCAACGACGUGAAAAUGGAAACGGACAAAAUUCCUUCGAUGUAUCACCACUUUGAUAAAAUUUCUUCAUAUUACAUCAAUCGAUCGCCGUAUCUGAUAUCGCAAAUGAACGACGAUGCAGAUUACGGUGAACCUCGCGCCUCAUAUCUGUCUCAACUGGACAACUCUGUCAACACCAUGAAACUAUCGGACGCCGUUCCUAUACCUCCGUUGAUUAAUUACCAGUCCAUAACGCAUCCCGAAAUGUCCGUACUGCAGCAACGAUGUCGAAGCAAUGGCUCCAGUGGGGGUCAUAUUUCGCCGACCUCAUCAAUGAACUCUGCGACACUUCCCUUGAGCAGUGUGCAAUCGAUAGCUACUAGCACUAGUGGCGGUCACAUAACGAUCAUGCCGAAUCCUAUGCUACAGAAAUCCCAAUCCUCCUCACCCAUAACACCGUCGGCUUCGCCAACUCUGUCCAGCUCGUCGCAACCGGCGAUGAUGAACGGUAGUGUUGGUGGCAACUCAACGACCAAUGUGGCCCAAAAGAAGUCCCCCAGUGGCAACGGCAGUGGGGAACAGCAGCUUACCAGUACUACAGAGGGCGCGGGAUCGAAGAAGACGAAUGGGGGUCGGAGGCAGGAAAAACCGCAGCUCAGCUACAUCAAUAUGAUUGUGAUGGCCAUCAAGGACUCGCCCCAUCGGAGGAGGACUCUAAGUGAGAUCUACAAGUAUCUGCAAUCGAAGUACGACUUCUUCAACGGGGAGUACAACGGAUGGAAAAACUCCGUCCGGCACAAUCUAAGUCUGAACGAAUGCUUCAAGAAGCUGCCCAAAGAGUGCGGCAAGCCGGGCAAGGGUCACUACUGGACCAUCGACGCCUCGGCUGAGUACAUGUUCGAAGACGAGGGCAGUUUACGGCGAAGGCCUCGCGGUUUCCGGCGGAAGCAACAGCUCAAAGCGUAUGCCGGUGGAAGUGCCUUCUAUCCGGCCGGUACGAGCGGUUACGAAAUCACGGUUCCCGAGCUUCCAAGUGGUUACAUUUCGCAACCGUACAGCUCGUAUGAUUAUCCCAGCGCGAAUGGACAAGGUUUUGGUGCUGACACGUGGCAUUAUCCGUCGGAGGGGCUGAGCCAGUACUCGAAAAUUACCCACACGUCACUGCACGAUCAUCAACCUCCGACGGGUUCCCCAGGCCAGCAGGGCCAAAGCUCAAGUGUGCUAGAUUAUGGCAACUACUCGUUCGGCUCCGGUUCCUACAACAUCGAUAAUGGUUUGAAAAUGGCCCCUCUCUCGCAGAUGGUUCAACCCACAGGCAGUAGUGGUGGUGGAGGGACGCCAUCGAUCAUCGGCUCAUUGCCUUCGCAACCAUCAUCGUCGCCAUCAGGUGGAAACAACGGACCGCAACAACCAGGUGGCGCUGGAGGAGGAGUAGUGGUAUCAAUGGCACCGAAUGGCAGCCCUCAGCAACAGCAGCACUCUGCCAUGGGAACCGGAAUGACGACCGAUGGCUGUGGAAAGGUGAUAACCGGUUAUGGUGGCUCGCCACUAGGAAGUAAUCACCAUUCGUCGAUGCUCGCGGCUCAACAGCUGCACCAUGCUCCUCAUGCGCACCAUCAUCCGCAUCAUCAUCACCAACACCAUCAUGCUGCAGAGCCCAAUGGGGGACUGAAUACGGUGCUGACGGCCAAUGUGCAGUACGAGCAUGGCAAAUAUGCUACGAAUUGAUGGCGGGUGAAUAUUGCGCACUAAUCAUGGAAUGGAUCAAUGGAAGAAUGUUCGAAAAAAGGCAUUAGACCUCUGACCUCCGAGGGUGAAUUGGAUCAUUACAGUACUAAUAGCGAUAAGUGUAGUUUUUAGGGCGUUUGCUUUGAGUAGAGAAACUUUUCUUGCUGUGUUCUUUCGAUAUUGCGGUUUCUUUGAGAUUGAUGUAAAUAAAUUAUGCCAAAGAU